AUGAACAGCAGCGUGUAUAAAAAUACAUCUGAGCAUGUGGUCAUCGAUCUGCUAGACAGAUUUGAGAGCGAAAAGUACACGGAGCUUGUAGAUCUUGCAUGGGAGAUCCUGUAUAGCGUAAUUAUACCGUUCAACACAGAGGAUAUACACACCGUGCUCUCUAAUUACAUAGUUGUACUAGCACAAGCUAUCUCUGUGCCAAGCGUGUCUGAUGAAGUAACCAAGAUACUGUCUAUUGUAGAUUUAAUAAUACACCCGAGAAAAGGCACUAUUAUAGAAGGAAAGUACGAAAUUGAUGACUUGGUUGAAGAAAUACCCUCAGACACGAAAGAGGAGCCGUUUGAAGAAGAAGACUCCAAAGAAAAGAGCACAAACAAAAAAGUAAAAAUAGACAUUAUAGAAUAA